AUGCUAUCCCGCGGCCAACCUUGUCUACGCAGACGGGGUCUAUCAGCCGUCUUAGACAAUGCCGCUGUCGGUCCCGAUGAACCUCUACUCUUCCUCUACCCACGCUGGGUCACAUCUCGGAGGUCAAUUGCGACUGUGAACCGUGUUACUGCUGCUCGGACAGCUUUUGCGUCUGCGAGGUGCCUGCGCGGUUCGUCGAAUAUUCUUCCUUCGAGGCAAAAUCGUCCGCCGCGGGGGUCAUCGUGGGGUUCUCCGUUGCGAUGGAUAUCGUCUAGCGCCACCCUGAGAAAUGAUCGGCCUGAAGAUUCGACGAAGCUAUCGGACAAGCAAGAUGGCUCUAGUGUGCAAGCAUCAGGGACAACAGGUGAGGAUACGGACAGGACAAUAGGACGCAGGCGGGUUCGAGCUCCGAUCGACCAGGCGACUGCAAAGACGAAUAUGCUUGCUACUGGCAAAACCCACGCACGCCCGUUGGUGGCAGCUCGAGAGAGGCGGAAGAGGUUGACGAACAGAGAUCAGAGGAAGCUCUUAUAUCGGUCACAUUUGAAAGAAAUAGGCGAGGAAACUGGAAAAACGCAGAAAUGGGGGUUGAUGGAUAGUACCCAGAAGAUGCUGGAGCGUAUCCAGGAGAAUACGCCCGUGUUGACAUUGAAAGGCCCGAAGAACAAGGUGAUGUUAAUACCGGAGGAAACGGUGGCCUUGCUUUCGGGCAUCAACGACAUGGCGAUGAAGGAGAAUAUUUGGUACGUACCGGUUCACAACGGCUGUAGGGUCCACAUAUUGUCUCCGGGCCAAAGUGUGGGACGCUAUCGCAAGGCAAUCAUCUCGGGGUCUCCACGGGUUGUGGAUUUGGUUAGCGAUCGGAUUGUGCGUGCGCAUCGUCUGCAAGAAUCUGGUGACCCUUUGGUCGACAUCAGAAAACCCGUGGUUCCAGUGUUUCCAUCGAUAGAGGCCAUGAGACAGAAGAAUGCUCAAGUCCCAUUGAUCCGCGGGGUCUGGGACUUUUAUGAGGGCAAGAACUCUCCCAUGCCGAUUGAGGCCGUUCUGGACUCCGAAAGACCGACAACCGUUAGGGAAUUCUUAGAGCAUGUUGAGGAUCUGCUGACAUCUACAACGUCGGGUCCUUAUCGCAGGCAGGAGAAUCAGACGCGCCGGCAAACGCCACACAACCUACGAAUUCUCAGAAAUCUCUCGCAACUAUUUUUGAAUGAUGGAAACCAGAGGAUUCUUUCAACCGCUGCGUUGAAUAGUACGUUGUCUUUUUUCUGUCAACACGAGUAUAUGAAAGCCUGUCGGGAGGUUAUUCUUCGGUGCGAACAUCUCGCAACGGUGGAUACUUUCAAUAUCCUCCUAAGAGCAUGCGCAAGGCGACAGGAUUUCCGAAUAUUUCGCCAUCUUUUGAUUUCCAUGGCUCGACUUCAGAUUCGACCGGACGCGAACACGUGGGUCGCGCUCCUCGAAUGUCAUGUGAGCCCUAAUGCGAAAGCGGGCCUAUUCAUGUACAUGAUGCAGAAGGGCCAUCUUUCUCAGAUUGGACCCAUGCGGACAGCGUUACAAACAGCUAUUCAGGAUACACUGGUUUUACAUCUCGAGGGCGGACACAGCGUGGAUUCGUAUAUUAAGCUGUUCGAGAAUACCCAUGGAACCAAUUGGUUUUCCCCAUCGUUGGUCAACAAGAUGUUCAAUGCUACUGUCGAACUCAAGAACUUUCCCGCCUUGAAUAGAUUGCUUGAUAUCUGCGAUGAGCAUGGUAUCAACAUCGACAGUUCGACUAUGCUCCGGAUCCUACCGAUCUGCCGCGCAAAUAUCUACGCAGCCCUUUUAUACGUCUUUCGAUACGUCACUCGUCAGGGGUUCCGGAUGGACAAGGAAGCGCAAAUAUGGGAGAGGCUCUUCCUGAUCGCUUACAAGGGCCGGUGCUACAACAUUUGCCGCGUGAUAUGGAGAUACGCUUGCAUGAACGGGGCAGUCACUGAUAAGAUGAAGAUGUCCGUUCUCAGCUCCAUGACGACCAACGUCUCGAAGAAAAAAGUGAAUGUCCUUGAUGUUCUCUGGCGCUCUAACGCCGGCAAGAUUAGUGUCGGCGUUGAUCUGCAUCUGAGCGAAUACCCCUCCGCCGACGAAAUUAUGAAACUUACUCCUGCCAAGUUCCACUCGAACCCGGUCCAAUCUCUGAUGACUGGAUUUCAAGGAGGAAAAGAGCGAGAGCGACAGCUGAUGUUGGCAACGGCGCUGGUCCGUCGUGAUAUCGAACUUGGUCGUCGGUACCGGCCUACGCAGCCAUUAUCCACUAUGCUGGAUGCAGCAGCGCUGUUUGAUCUUGAAUGGAAGGGCGUCCCGCGGCCGCCUGAAUGGAUGGUACAACAUGCCAUCCAGGUGCCUGUGGAAUGGAAGGGUUAUCUUAAAUCCAGCUAA